AUGGGGAAAAGUUCAAGUUUAGGACCUAUCUUGCUACAUCACUUAGACCAUUUGGGGGAGGAUGACUGUGAUGUUGAGGAAAUGUUUGAAAAAACCAAUAGCCCAGAGGAGACUAUCUCGUAUAUGACUGCUCUAAAGGAUGAAGCAAAUGCCCUAUUCAAAUUGAAAAAAUUUAGUACUGCUUUUGUGAUGUAUAAUAAAGGUAUCAAAUGCUUGUGUGUUAUAAUAUGUGCCAUUAGUGAUGAUUCUCAUAUGUGUGAGGCUAACCUUGAGUUGAAAGGGUUAGCAUUUAGCCUUCUUUUGAAUAUUGCAGCUAGUGCAAUUAAGCUCAACAAGUUUAGUGAGGCCAUUACUUCAUGUUCCUUGAUUUUGGAGUCUAAUAAGAGAAAUGUAAACGCAUUGUUUAGAAGAGGAAUAGCAUUGGAGAAGGCAUAUGAUGAUUUUAAAUCAGCAAAAGAUUGA